GUACUAUUUACGUCGCCACACCUCUCGCUCGCUAACGUGGUUCAAUCUCGUUUUUACUCUUUCUAUCAUCAUCGCCAAUUAGCUAAAACAGUGUCAGUGCAAUAAUCAUCAUGCCUCCAGCACCCACAGUUCAACAAAUUCAGAGCCUCUAUUCAGCCACUGUCAAUGCGUCCCAGCGCUUCACUUCUUAUAACUUUCAUAAAUACUUUCUUCGAAGAGCCGACGAAGUAUUCAAACCCGUCCUUGCCUCAUUAGCUCCACCCGCUGGUUCGGCACCUUCAGAUCCUAUAGACCCUUCCAGACUUGCUCAGUUUUACGAACAGCAAAAGACUCAACUUGAGAUACUUGAGAGGGCUUCAGAAGUUAACAGGAUGUAUGAAGGACCGAAGUUGGUAGUGGAACAUGCUCAGCCUAUAACAAGUGGCGGAGGGGCUGGUAUGGAAGCUAGUGCCGGUGGUGGCGGUCAACCUGAAUGAGUGUCUCACCAAUAGUGUUCUUGUGUCAUAAGGUUGUGAUCGAUUUAGGAUAUCGUCCUCCAGUAUGAUAAAGUACCUGUUCAAGUACAGUUGCCCCAUUUAACAAAGACCCUACCAUGGAUCCUUUGUAUGCGACUUUUCCUCGUAUUACAAUUAUGUGUUUCGACCCUAUGUAAAGUGAACGUGCGCUUCCUUUCAUUAGUC